AUGACGUAAAUCAUUAAUGAAUCAUUGGACGUCACUUUGACAUUAGGCUUGCUUGUGAUUUGCUCUAGCAAAAUAAUUUAAGGAAUUUACCUAGAAAAAACCUCGAAAUCCUUCCAGAAACCACUAUCAGGGCUGUAGUUUUAAGGCUACGCCCUUUUUGUACAACUACGUUGUUUAUUUUGCUAUCAACAUAGGCCUCUCGGAUACUGCGGUCAUGGAUAUGAUGGUGUCGACUUUGCAACAGCAACGCGCUGUUACAGAGCAGCUGCGGCGGGAGGCAGCGAUCAAACGCAUCCCGGUAUCGGUUGCUGUAUCGGAUAUUGUUCGAUUCAUAAGUGAACACGAACAAGAAGACUGUCUCUUGGUUGGCUUUUCAAGUCAGAAAGUCAACCCCUUCCGUGAAAAAAGUUCAUGCACCGUAUUGUAAAUUGUUGUGUCACUAAUUAA